CUGAAAAGACUACGUGUGGAAGAUGUCCUCAUGUCGGAUGAUUCAGACGAUGAGAAGCCAAUUGCAUUAAGGAUGAAGGUUUGUGAGAGGAAAUCAAAGGGAAUCGUUAGAAAAGGUGCCAUGCCAGAUGGUGAUUCUGAGGAUGAGAGACCGAUUGCAUUAAGGAAAAAUGUUCAUGAGAGGAAAUUGAAGAUGAUCAAUACAGGAGGUGCCAAGGCAGAUGGUGGUCAUGACCAAGAUUCAGAUGAUGAGAAACCGUUGGCCGUGCGGUUGGCCAUUAAUAAUGCUGCUCCAAAAAAUGGAGGCAAUGUCUCUGAUGAUGAUUCAGAGGAUGACCAGCCACUGACUGCCCGCAUUUCUCGUGCUACCGGGGGUGCAUCCAAAAAUUCAGUCAAAAGGACAGGUGGUCGUAGUGACCAAACAGUUUCAGCUCUUAAUAAGGCAAGGCCUUCAGAGGCUUCAUCGAGUGUCGAAAGCGAACCCAAGGAUGAACCCGAGGAUGAUGGUAGAAAGAAAUGGUCUACUUUGGUGCACAAUGGUGUGGUUUUUCCUCCUCCGUACAAGCCUCAUGGUGUCAAGAUGCUUUACAAUGGGCAACCUGUUGAUCUGACCCCGGAGCAGGAGGAGGUUGCAACCAUGUUUGCUGUGAUGAAAGACACAGAGUAUGCAUCCAAGGAAACAUUUAUCAACAAUUUUUUCAGUGAUUGGAGAAAAACUCUUGGUAAAACACAUAUCAUCACAAAGUUCGAGCUUUGUGAUUUCACACCAAUCUAUGAAUGGCAUCUCCAAGAGAAGGAGAAGAAAAACCAGAUAACAUCAGAGGAGAAGAAAGCAUUGCGGGAUGAGAAAUCGAAACAAGAGGAGAAGUUUAAGUGGGCUUUUGUAGACGGUGUUGAAGAGAAGGUUGGCAAUUUCAGAGUAGAACCACCUGGCUUGUUCAGGGGACGUGGAGAGCAUCCAAAGAUGGGAAGAUUGAAGCGACGCAUCCGACCAAGUGAUAUUACAAUAAACAUUGGAGAAGAAGCUCCCGUCCCAGUGUGCCCUAUACCUGAAGAAAGCUGGAAAGCAGUCAAGCAUGACAAUAGUGUUACAUGGUUGGCCUGUUGGAACGAUCCGAUAAACGAAAAAGAUAUCAAGUAUGUUUUCCUUGCGGCAAGCAGCUCACUAAAGGGACAGAGUGACAAGGAGAAAUAUGAGAAGGCCCGGAAACUGAAGGAUUACAUACACAGUAUCCGGGCAAAUUACACCAAGGAUUUCAGGAGCAAAGAUCAGAGGAAGAAACAAAUUGCAGUGGCAACAUACCUUAUAGAUAAACUAGCCCUUAGGGCAGGCAAUGAAAAGGAUGAGGAUGAGGCAGAUACUGUUGGUUGUUGUACACUGAAGGUUGAAAAUGUUACUUGUUUGCCUCCAAACAAGCUUCAGUUUGACUUUCUUGGUAAAGAUUCUAUAAGAUACUAUAACACUGUAGAGGUUGAACUAGCCGUAUACGAGGCGAUUAAGGAAUUCUGUGCAGGUAAAAAGAAGGGAGGACAUGUCUUUGACAAGCUUGAUACAACUAAACUAAAUGCUCAUCUCAAGGACUUAAUGCCUGGCCUAACUGCAAAAGUCUUUCGUACAUACAAUGCUUCCAUCACUUUGGACACCAUCCUGAACAAAGAAACAACAGAUGGAACCGUUGAUGAAAAAGCUAAAGUCUAUCAACGAGCAAACAAAGAGGUUGCUAUAAUCUGCAACCAUCAGCGUGCUGUCCCAAAAUCACAUGAUUCACAGAUGAAUAAGUUGAAUGAAAAGAUUGAUGAAUUAACGGCUCAGAGGGAUCAGUUGAACGUAGAAUUGGAGAAAACAAACAAACUUUUGUCUAAAAAAGCGAAGAAACGGAAGCUUGUAGGCUCUGAUGGAGAUGCAAAGCGAAGGAGAAAAUUGACCCCUGAAAUGUUGCAGAAGAAGUUAUCUCAGGUUGAAACUAGGAUAGUGGAAACGGAUAACCACAAGAAUAACAAAGAAGAUUUGAAGACGGUGGCACUAGGCACAUCAAAGAUCAACUACCUUGAUCCUAGAAUUACUGUGGCGUGGUGCAAAACCCAUGAAGUUCCUAUUGACAGGGAUAAGAUUUUCACCAAGACAAUUCUGGAGAAAUUUGCAUGGGCAAUGGAUGUCGACCCAGAUUUCAGAUUCUAA